UCAAUAGUGUACGAUCUUAGUGAAUUUGUAAAGAUGGAAAAAAUUGGUCAUCGUUAUGCGAUACAAGAUCUUCAUUUGAAAGGUCUCAAUACAACCAAUAUAAAAGCAGAGCUAGAUUCUACUCUGGGGGAUUCUGCUCCAUCGUAUUCAACAAUAAAGUUUUGGGUGGCAGAGUUUAAACAAGGUCGUACGAACCUCGAAGACGAACAUCGCAGUGGUCGAACAAUUGGAGUGACUACGCAAGAAAUGGUGAAGAAAAUCCACAAAAUUGUAUCGGCGAAUCGUCGAUUGAAAGUGCGCGAGUUAGCAGGCAUGGUAGGCAUUUCAAAAAGUGCUGUACAUCGCAUAUUAACUGAAAAUUUGGACAUGAAAAAGCUAGACGAAGAAUGGGUGCCGCGUUUGCUCUCAGUGACAAAAAAACAGCGUCUUGAGGAUGACGUCGUACCAGGAGACAAGAAACACACGACGAGCGAGGCCGGAAAUAAUAGAGCUGAAAGAUAUCCGGAUAUUGAAAAUAUACCGGAAGUGCAGUAA